AUGCGGUUUCCAGGUCGCCUUCAGGAAUACCAGGUCAUUGGCAGACAUCUGCCGACCGAGAACAACCCUACCCCGGCCCUGUACCGGAUGCGAAUCUUCGCUCCCAACACGGUCGUUGCCAAGUCCCGUUUCUGGUACUUCUUGCGCGGCCUGAAGAAGGUCAAGAAGGCCACCGGCGAGAUCGUCAGCGUCAAUGCGAUCGCCGAGAAGCACCCCCUGAAGGUCAAGAACUUCGGUGUCUGGAUCCGCUACGACUCUCGCUCUGGCACUCACAACAUGUACAAGGAGUACCGUGAGCUCUCCAGGACCGACGCUGUCGAGGCCCUCUACUCCGACAUGGCCGCCCGCCACCGUGCCCGCUUCCGGUCGAUUCACAUUCUCCGCGUUGUCGAGCUCGAGAAGACCGAGGACAUCAAGAGGCCCUACAUCAAGCAGCUCACCACCAAGGGCCUCACGUUCCCCCUCCCCCACCGUGUCCCCAAGACCUCCACCAAGAAGAUCUUCAGCGCGAAGCGACCGUCGACUUUUGCUUAA